AUGCCUUUCCGCAGUAUCGAUUGCAUCCUGUUCAAUAGUCUCGAUGGGCCGGCUUCAUGUGAAUUGGCUGAUGGCUGGCCACUUGCUGGGAUGUUCGCUAAAGUGGUCUUGAGUUGCUCCCAAUUAUCGGUAUUGGCGACGGAUCAGCAAGUAAGAGCAGUCGCACAAGACCUCAAAGAAUAUAUUGCUGAACUCCGACAAAUUCCCAGAACAGUCAAAUCGGAGUAUCAGAUAUGUAAUGCGUUGGGCGGUGGCAUAUUGGAUUGGCGAAUUGGCGAUUCACAACGCGAAGAGCUGCGAUUCCGGGAUGAGACUGAAUUCAAUUCAAAGCUGACAUAUGACCUGCCUUUUACCACAGAGGCAUGGGACACGAUAAUGAAAUCUUAUGGUGUCAAACAUGAUAUUGUUUUCACGCAUGUUGAUCUCAAUAUGAGGAAUAUUCUCGUGGAUGAGAACAUGAGAUUAUCGGGUAUCGUCGAUUGGGAAUGUGCAGGUUGGUAUCCUGAGUACUGGGAAUACACGAAGGGGCAUUUCGGAGUGCGAGUCCAUGUCCGGUGGAUCGCAGACGUCAUUGAACAGGCUUUCACUCAAUAUCCAGAUGAGUUGGAGGCAGGCGUUAUGCUUGCCAGCAUGGCUCCCUUAUGGUAG